AUGUCGCAAGGUAAAAUUAUCAAUCGUUUUAUUGAUGCCGAUAAAGAACCUACUAAAACACUAACACCUAUCGAGGGCUACGAGAAAAAAGAUUUAGUACCGGUAGAAAAUGCAAUGGCUGAAAUAGAACCACCUAUUCAUAAUCUUAGAACAAUGGUAUGGACAGCAAAACGAAACUCUCGUAAUCCAUCAGAUGGUCUUACUUCUGAUGAAUCAGCUUCAAUUCAUCUGUACACGUUGGAAUGGCCUGAAAUUCAUCAAAGUGUUUACACUUUGUUAAAUGAAAAACUUCGCUCUGAAAAACGAAGUGAACUUCAAUCAUGGUAUUCAUAUUUGAAACUCUUUCUAACAGCAUUGUAUAAAUUACCAUCAUUGAAAAAAACAAUUUGGCGAGGAAUUCGUGGGAAUGUAUUUGAUCUUUAUCAGGAAGAUUUUAUUUGGUGGGGUAUCAGUUCAUGUACAGAAACAAUGAAAGUCAUGGAAAAAUUUGUUGGUCGUUCAGGUAUUCGUACGUUAUUUAUGAUUGAAUGUAUUAAUGGAAAAGCAAUUAAAUCUCAUUCAUUUUACAAAGAUGAAAAUGAAAUUUUAUUAAUGCCGGGAACUUAUUUACGUGUAAUCGACAAAUGGAGUCCAGCCAAUGAUUUGUACAUUAUUCAUUUACAAGAAGAAACCCCACCUUGUCAACUUGUAGUAUCACCUUUUAAUCAGUCAUCGUCUGAGUUAAAUUAUCAGGCUACAUCUGUACAAUCAUAUGAAUCAAAAACAACAACUUUAUUACCAUCACCACCUACAUACAAAAAUCGAGCACUUCAACAAAUGAUUGAUGAGAAUAACAAUAAUUCAGUGUUAUACUUGAGCAAUGAACAAUUGAUUGAUGAUGAUAUGGAAAUAGUUUCAUAUUAUCUUUUACGCAAUAAUAGGACACUCACUACACUCUACCUCGAAAACAAUCAGAUCGGAGAUAAAGGUGCACAAUAUCUUGCGGAAGGAUUACAAAAGAACAAAACACUUAUUACACUCGACCUCGAAAACAAUCAAAUCGGUGAUGCAGGUGCACAAUAUCUUGGUAAAGGAUUACUACGAAACGCGACACUCAUUACACUUGACCUUGAAAACAAUCAAAUCGGAGAUGAAGGUGCACAAUAUCUUGGUGAGAGUUUACAAAAGAACUCAACCCUCAUUACACUAGAUCUCUCUAACAAUCAAAUCGGAGAUCAAGGUGCACAAUAUCUUGCUGAAGGAAUACAAAGAAACACUACACUCACUACACUCUAUCUCUACAACAAUCAAAUAGGAGAUAAAGGUGCACAAUAUCUUGGCACAGCAUUACAACAGAACAUAACACUCACUACACUUUUUCUCUACAGCAAUCAAAUCGGAGAUCAAGGUGCACAAUAUCUUGCGGAAGCAUUACAAAAGAACACAAGACUCACUACACUCAAUCUCUCCGACAAUAAAAUCACCGAUAGAGGCGCAGUAUAUCUUAGUGAAAGUUUACAAAAGAAUACAACACUCACUACAUUCAACCUCUCUGACAAUCAAAUAAGAGACAAAGGUGCACAAUAUCUUGGUGAAAGUUUGCAAAAGAACACUACCCUCACGGAGCUCUAUCUCGACAACAAUGAAAUAGGAUAUAAAGGUGCGCAAAAUCUUGGUGAAGGAUUACAAAAGACUACAACACUCACUAGACUCUAUCUUUACAACAAUAAAAUCGGAGAUAGAGGAGUCCAACAUCUCGGUGAAAGUUUACAAAAGAACACCACACUCACCACACUCGAUCUCAGAAAGAAUCAAAUUGGCGAUAAAGGUGCACAACAUCUUGGAGAAGCAUUGAAAAGAAACACAACACUUACUACAUUGAACCUCUCUGACAAUGAAAUCGGCGAUAGAGGUACCCAAUUUCUUGGUGACGGAUUACAAAAGAACAUGAUACUCACCACACUCGAUCUCAGAAAGAAUCAAAUCGGAGAUAAAGGUGCACAAUAUCUUGGUGAAGAAUUACAGCAGAACAUAACACUCACCACCCUUGAUAUCUCCAAAAAUAUAAUCGCAGAGAGAGGUGCACAAUAUCUUGAAAAAUUGAAGAAAAAAAAUAAAACUUUAAAUGUAUUUUGGUGA